AGUAAAUGUCUGCUAGCCAGCUAACGUUAAAGGGCGUGCUAAGCUUGUGAGCUAGCUAGCUAACAUUGGAAUUCCAGCUGUCUCGACAGCCAUCAUCGAAGACGUAAAUAAAACAUUUAAAAAAAAAUACUUGUUCAAUCUCAGUAGCAUGGACUCAAAUGUGCAGAAGAGACGUGAGAACAAGAAAUCACUGCGAGUGAAAGUGAUCAGCCUUGGCAACGCCGAGGUGGGCAAGGUGAGUCAUCUAGCUAAGUUAGAUUUGACUUGUUUUCAUAACAACGUUAACGUUAGCAUGCCAGAAACAGAUAUCUACAGAGAGAUAAAAUAAGACAGGUAGCUAGACGACUCAACUCCACGAUUUACGAUGGAGUUGAACGGCGACUAGUGUGGGCGGACUGGAGCGCCCACGUCACAUAGUUUCUUUUUUAAUGUUUAUUUAUUUAUUUACACUGAAAGGCGUGGCUUAACGUGACCACGCCCCGGAGUAGGAUAUGGGUGAAGGGUACCGUCAAUACUUCAAUGUAAUUAGCCUAAAUUUGUCAUCAUCCUAAACAAACUACUGACACUUUUUUUUUUGUAGUUUCAAUUAAAUAAGCUGUCGCACCUCACCCGAGACAACCCUAUCAAAUGGCCCAAAGUAGCCUAUGGCAAUAUCUACACCUACUUGGUGGAAUCUCCAGGUUUACACAUAGCUAGUUAGAUCCAAACAAGUGUUAGCUAGCGACUUACUGUGAAUGAAGUGCUUCGAACACACAGAUGUAUUGAGUAACCGGAGCCACCGCUUUCCAUCAUCACACGGUCCCGUGUGGCUCAGUUGGUAGAGCAUGGCACUUGCAACGCCAGUGUUGUGGGUUCGAUUCCCACGGGGGGCCAGUACGAACAAAUAUGAAAAUGUAUGCACUUACUACUACAGUAAGUCGCUCUGUAUAAGAGCGUCUGUAAAAUAACUGAAAUGUCAAUCAUCGCGGCGUAUAGCCUGAAACCAUGAGGUUCUCCUAACCUGGUCCUAGGGCAGUUGAUUAAACUUAAGUUGGUGGUCUUUCCUCCUACUAUUGUUUAAACAAAACGGUAUCUUAGCUAUAAAAGCAGGGUUAGUUAGCUAACCUUAGCUAGCUGAAGAAAGUCCAUUGGAAUUGGCUCUUUGGCUGAUAAUCGUGGCAGACUGUACAGCUGUUCAUGCUAGCUAACAUUUUUACACUUAGAAUCAAAGUGUUUUUAGGUAUGAUGUAGUUUGUGAUUUAAACAUGGAAGUAUGUUAAAAAAUGACCAACCAAGCAUAUCCCAAAUGUUUAUAGAAUGAUUAAAAAAAAAUUAAAAAAAUACAGCCGUUAUCGGGUUAUGAGUAAAGUAAGCAAUUUAACAUGGGAGUAAAGAGAGUAACCUACGUCCUUACCCUAUUCACAGUGUUUAUCUAUAGGGUCUGGCUCCAGUAGGUACCUUCUCAAGGCCAUAGACGCUGUGAAACAUACGAGAUGAGACCACUGAGGUAUAAUAAGAACGGUGAGACAGGUAGCCUACAGCACACACACUGGUAAAGAUGUUCAGCUGGCAGGCAGACCGCUGGAAGAAGUUUCUGAUUGACAGAGGGAGGGCUUUGCAUAGGCGCUUUUUUCUGCGUUUUUUGUGGGAUUGGGAAAAAAUGCAGAGCCUAAACGAACGUUAUUAACCGGUUCCCAUGCUUUUAAAAUAACGGUUCUGUUCCUGAACAGUAUAGAUCACUUUAUUUCCGGUUUUUGGUUCUAUUACCUGAACCAGUUCCAAUUCCUGGUUAUCAGUAUCUUUGCUAGUAGUACUAACUGGCUAGUAGCUUGCUAGUGUUACUACACAGAUAGAACAGUGAGCCAGAUGUUUCACCGGAUGUAUAAAUCUGAAGCAUCCAGUUGAUGUUUCCAAUCACCACCAAAUAUGGUGAUGAAAGGAAGCCCAGUGGCCGGCAGUGGGAGAAGAUGGAGUGAGAUGAACUUGGACCACAUUCUGCAAAUGUUCUCAUCGGUGACACAUUUGAUCUCAAUACAGUUUUCUGUUCCCAAAACGACAAUCUGUUACUAACAGAGUGGACUAAGUUUUGUAGACUUUACCCUUUGCCAAAGUUUCAAAAAAAAGUGUGUUGUUUAGAAGGAGUGUAAGGGCGAAUUGAGUUACACGCACACUUAACUGAGUAGGCGUUCCCUAACGGAAAUAUGCAAAUUCACGCCAAUAGGAUCUCGCUAGCUCGUGUUUGGCUCUGCCCACCUCGUUGCCCACUAUGAUUAAUUUGCUCCCAUUGACCACAGCCUGUCGUUUCCAAUCUUGGGUUAUCUUUGGCGCUACCAGCUAACCGCUAGUCACCCGCUAGGCUACUAGCUAGCGCUACUUGAUAGCUAGCUGCAACCCAUCUAGCGCUACUAGCUAGCCGCUAGUGCUACUUACUGGCUAGCAGCUACCUAGCUAGCGUUACUUACUAGCUAGCCGCUAGCUUUUACAAAUAUUUGUUUACCUUUAUUUUGAUAGGGAAAUCAUACUAGGGUCUCUUUUUCAGAAGAGCCCUGCAUAACUACAUCAAACAUAUUUACAUCACAAUAUACACAAUUACCAAACGUAUUAAGAAAAACAGACACAUUUAUCAACAUAAAAGGUCUCUGAUCAUUUCUCUGAACUGACCAAGGGGGACCAGAACAUCUCAUUUCAGAGAUCUCUGCGAGUUCCACAUAAAGGGUGCAAAAAAACUAAAUGUAGCACUACCAGCUAGUCGCUAUUAGUUUUAAUAAUUUUUGGAUACAAUGUUAAUGCCAAAAAUCACUACAAUCAAGCAACCACUGUUGCUUGUACUUUAGCUGUCACCUGCUAGCUAGCUAGUACUACUAAAUUUCAUCCUGAACACAUACAGUGAGGGAAAAAAGUAUUUGAUCCCCUGCAGAUUUUGUACGUUUGCCCACUGACAAAGAAAUGAUCAGUCUAUAAUUUUAAUGGUAGGUUUAUUUUAACAGUGAGAGACAGAAUAACAACAAAAAAAUUCAGAAAAACACAUGUCAAAAAUGUUAUAAAUUGAUUUGCAUUUUAAUGAGGAAAAUAAGUAUUUGACCCCUCUGCAAAACAUUACUUAGUACUUGGUGGAAAAACCCUUGUUGGCAAUCACAGAGGUCAGACAUUUCUUGUAGUUGGCCACCAGGUUUGCACACAUCUCAGGAGGGAUUUUGUCCCACUCCUCUUUGCAGAACUUCUCCAAGUCAUUAAGGUUUCAAGGCUGACGUUUGGCAACUCGAACCUUCAGCUCCCUCCACAGAUUUUCUAUGGGAUUAAGGUCUGGAGACUGGCUAGGCCACUCCAGGACCUUAAUGUGCUUCUUCUUGAGCCACUCCUUUGUUGCCUUGGCUGUGUGUUUUGGGUCAUUGUCAUGCUGGAAUACCCAUCCACGACCCAUUUUCAAUGCCCUGGCUGAGGGAAGGAGGUUCUCACCCAAGAUUUUACAGUACAUGGCCCUGUCCAUCGUCCCUUUGAUGCGGUGAAGUUGUCCUGUCCCCUUCGCAGAAAAACACCCCCAAAGCAUAAUGUUUCCACCACCAUGUUUGACGGUGGGGAUGGUGUUCUUGGGGUCAUAGUCAGUAUUCCUCGUCCUCCAAACACUGCGAGUUGAGUUGAUGCCAAAGAGCUCCAUUUUGGUCUCAUCUGACCACAACACUUUCACCCAGUUCUCCUCUGAAUCAUUCAGAUGUUCAUUGGCAAACUUCAGACGGGCCUGUAUAUGUGCUUUCUUGAGCAGGGGGACCUUGCGGGCGCUGCAGGAUUUCAGUCCUUCACGGCGUAGUGUGUUACCAAUUGUUUUCUUGGUGACUAUGGUCCCAGCUGCCUUGAGAUCAUUGACAAGAUCCUCCCAUGUAGUUCUGGGCUGAUUCCUCACCGUUCUCAUGAUCAUUGCAACUCCACGAGGUGAGAUCUUGCAUGGAGCCCCAAGCCGAGGGAGAUUGACAGUUCUUUUGUGUUUCUUCCAUUUGCGAAUAAUCGCACCAACUGUUGUCACCUUCUCACCAAGCUGCUUGGCGAUGGUCUUGUAUCCCAUUCCAGCCUUGUGUAGGUCUACAAUCUUGUCCCUGACAUCCUUGGAGAGCUCUUUGGUCUUGGCCAUGGUGGAGAGUUUGGAAUCUGAUUGAUUGAUUGCUUCUGUGGACAGGUGUCUUUUAUACCGGUAACAAGCUGAGAUUAGGAGCACUCCCUUUAAGAGUGUGCUCCUAAUCUCAGCUCGUUACCUGUAUAAAAGACACCUGGGAGCCAGAAAUCUUUCUGAUUGAGAGGGGGUCAAAUACUUAUUUCCCUCAUUAAAAUGCAAAUCAAUUCCUAACAUUUUUUAAAUGCUUUUUUCUGGAUUUUUUUGUUGUUAUUCUGUCUCUCACUGUUCAAAUAAACCUACCAUUAAAAUUAUAGAUUGAUCAUUUCUUUGUCAGUGGGCAAACGUACAAAAUCAGCAAGGGAUCAAACACUUUUUUUCCCCUCACUGUAGCUAGCUAGCUGACUCUCCCAACUUCGACCACUACAAUUCUAACACACUAACAUAACGCCCUGGACCAGAGCUAGUGCGCAGACUGGUAUCUGUACAACAUACCGACACCCUGGAACACAUUGAGAGUCCAGGUUGCGUACGCACAUACCAACUGAGAUGCAAAAAUACAAUUUGAGACUCAUGUGCAUGCGCUUUGCGAUUUGCAGACCAGGCGGCGUCGGCGCGCAUAAUCUGCAGCUGGAUGCUUCUCCUGAUUUCAGCAACCAAAAAAAUGUGCCUAGUCCAAAUUUUAAACAGAACAAUAUUGUGACGUUGGAGUUCCAGUCCGCCCACACUAGUCGCUGCUCAACUCCAUCGUAAAUCGCGGAGUUGAGUUUAAUCGGCUAACAGCUUGCCUGCCGUGUACCCAAACCGGCUGUUAGCAAGCUAUCCGAUUGCUACGGUAACGUUAUGAAUGUCAAUGCAGACCCAGGGAGUAGAUGACUAGUCAAAGCCUGUAUAAUGUAGCCUCUAGCUACUACUAGUUAAGAAUUGACCUCCAGUGUUUGACAUUCAUAAGAGACACAAAGAACUCUGAUUGUAAAAUGUCUUUUUAGUCAUAUAGCUAUAUAAUAAUAAUAAAUAAUAAUAUGCCAUUUAGCAGACGCUUUUAUCCAAAGCGACUUACAGUCAUGCGUGCAUACAUUUUUUGUGUAUGGGUGGUCCCGGGGAUCGAACCCACUACCUUGGCGAUACAAGCGCCGUGCUCUACCGGCUGAGCUACAGCUACUCUACUAUAUAAUCAGGAACCUAUGCUAGACGUACACAUAGAUUGAUUAUAUAAUGGAGCAAAUGCCUCCACUGAACAGAUGCACGUAAAUCAUUUAAUUCAACAAUGAGAUUAUGUCCCCCUCUAAAGCAUGCCAGCCAACUAGGGUAGCCUAACUCUGAAUGCAUUAAUACCAUCACGGCCACUGUUCACCAAGGCCUACAUAGCAAUUGCUGCAUAGAAUGAAAUAUAGUUUCCGUGUGUAAUGUGAUCUAUAGUGCUAUGAAAAAGUAUUUGCCCCCUUUCUAAUUUUCUCUACUUUUGCAUAUUUGUGAUACUGAAUGUUAUCAGAUCUUCAACCAAAACCUAAUAUUAGAUCAAGGGAACAUAAGUGAACAAAUUACAUAUUUAUUUCAUAAACAAAGUUAUGCAACACCCAAUUCCCCUGUGUGAAAAAGUAAUUGCCCCCUUACACGUAGUCCUCUGUAGCUCAGCUGGUAGAGCACGGCGCUUGUAACGCCAAGGUAGUGGGUUCGAUCCCCGGGACCACCCAUACACAAAAAAAUAAUAAUUAUGCACGCAUGACUGUAAGUCGCUUUGGAUAAAAGCGUCUGCUAAAUGGCAUAUUAAAUAUUAAAUUAAAUUAAAUUAAAUAUUAUUAAAUAUUACACUCAAUAACUGGUUGUGCCACCUUUAGCUGCAAUGACUCCAACCAAAUGCUUCCUGUAGUUGUUGAUCAGUAACUCACGUCGCUGUGGAGGAAUUUUGGCCCACUCUUCCAUGCAGAACUGCUUUAACUCAGUGACGUGUGGGUUUUCAAGCAUGAACUGCUCGUUUCAAGUCCUGCCACAACAUCUCAAUUGUCUUGCUGCAUGACCCAGCUGCGCUUCAGCUUCAGCUCACAGACGGAUGGUCUGACAUUCUCCUGUAGAAUUCUCUGAUACAGAGCAGAAUUCAUGGUUCCUUCUAUUAAGGCGUUGUCCAGGUCCUGAGGCAGCAAAGCAUCCCCAAACCAUCACACCACCACCAUGCUUGACCUUUGGUAUGAUGUUCUUACUGUGGAAUGCAGUGUUUGGUUUUCGCCAGGCAUAAUGGGACCCAUCUCGUCCAAAAAGUUGACUCAAGUUUGCCAAAAAGCACCUGGAUGAUCAUCAAGACUCUUGGAAGAACGUUCUAUGGACAGAUGAUUCAAAAGUAUAACUUUUUGGACGACAUGGUUCAUCAUACCAAAGGUCAAGCAUGGUGGUGGUGGUGUGAUGGUUUGGGGAUGCUUUGCUGCCUCAGGACCUGGACGACUUGCCUUAAUAGAAGGAACCAUGAAUUCUGAUCUGUAUCAGAGAAUUCUACAGGAGAAUGUCAGACCAUCCGUCUGUGAGCUGAAGCGCAGCUGGGUCAUGCAGCAAGACAAUGAUCCGAAACACACAAUCAAGUCUACAUGAAAAUAGCUAAAAAGCAAUACAUUUGAAGUUUUGGAAUGGCCUAGUCAAAGUCCAGACCUAAUCCCAAUUGAGAUGUUGUGGCAGGACUUGAAACGAGCAGUUCAUGCUUGAAAACCCACACGUCACUGAGUUAAAGCAGUUCUGCAUGGAAGAGUGGGCCAACAUUCCUCCACAGCGACGUGAGAGACUGAUCAACAACUACAGGAAGUAUUUGGUUGGAGUCAUUGCAGCUAAAGGUGGCACAACCAGCUAUUGAGUGUAAGGGGGCAAUUACUUUUUCACACAGGGGAAUUGGGUGUUGCAUAACUUUGUUUAUGAAAUAAAUAUGUAAUUGUUGUGUUAUUUGUCCACUUAUGUUCCCUUUAUCUAAUAUUAGGUUUUGGUUGAAGAUCUGAUAACAUUCAGUAUCACUAAUAUGCAAAAGUAGAGAAAAUUACAAAGGGGGCAAAAACUUUUUCAUAGCACUGUAUAUAUCGUUAGUUAUAUCGUUAGUCACCUCUACUACUUUUUCUUAAUUACAGAGCUGCAUCAUCAAGCGAUACUGUGAGAAGAGGUUUGUGCCCAAGUAUCUGGCCACCAUAGGGAUUGACUAUGGGGUCACCAAGUAAGUUGACCCCAAUGAUGACACAUGUUGUAGUAGUAAGAGGCAUAGACUGAGUGUACAAAACAUUAUGACUUAGACUGACCAGGUGAAUCCAGAUGAAAGCUAUGAUCCCUUAUUGAUGUCACUUGUUAAAUCCACUUCAAUCAGUGUAGAUGAAGGGGGGGGGGGGAGACAGGUUAAAGAAGGAUUUUUAAGCCUUGAGACAAUUGAGACAUGGAUUGUGUAUUUGUGCCAUUCAGAGGGUGAAUGGGCAAGACAAAGGAUUUACGUGCCUUUUGAACGUAGUAGGUGCCAGGCGCACCGGUUUCUGUCAAGAACUGCAACGCUGCUGGGUUUUUCUCGCUCAACAGUUUCCCGUGUCUAUCAAGAAUGGUCCACCACCCAAAGGACAUCCAGCCAAUGUGACGCAACUGUGGGAAGCAUUGGAGUCAACAUGGGCCCAGCAUCCCUGUGGAACUCUUUCCACACCUUGUAGAGUGCAUGAUCCCAGACGAAUUGAGGCUGUUCUGCAACUCAAUAUUAGGAAUGCGUUCUUAAUGUUUUGUGCACUCAGUGUACAUCUAUCAUUUGUAGAGCAGAUGCACAGCUCAGUUCCAUUGCUGUCAGAUCAUUUCAGAUAAAGGAGAGGAGACCAGGAGAGGAGGUUGGGAUCCACUGCCCUACAGUGUGUAGUAGAGUAGUGGAUCCCAACCUCCUUUGGUUGCUGUACUUCCAAGUACAUUUUGCUCUGCAUCGGUGAUGGAGUGGUUAAAAAAAAGAAACUAUAAACUCCAUCGAGACCAACAACCACCAGUAUAAACAAAAAUGUAUGACAUUUUUAGAACCGUACUGAUUGCAUUUUAUUGUAGGCAUAUAGUGUAGGAAGGCAGGCCAUGGGGAGAUGUUCAUAUUGAAACAUACAUAUAUAUAUAUAUAUGUUUCUUUCAGUUCUUCAUUUGUUUAAUAAGAUUAGUACAUAUUUUCUCAAGGGACCCCACAUGGGGCUCCGACCCCAAGUUUGGGAACCACUGUACUAACCUCUCUCUCUCUCGCCCUCUCUCUCUCUCUCUCUCUCUCUGUCUCAGGAGCCUACUCUCUGUAAAGCAAAGUUAUGAUGAGAACUUAGUAGCCUAUAUUUUGCUCCUGCUGAGGUCCAUUUAACAUGAGCUUUUUAGUUAAUCUUUCUAGCCAAAGCCCUUAAACAGUACUGCAAUAGAAGUAUCUGUCGGCAGCUAGCCAUCUGACUGACUGACAUAUCUAAAAGCGACAAUUUACCAGUUUGUGCACUCAAUCUCCAAGAGUCGGGUUUUCUUUGUUUGGGGGAUGCCUGUAGACAUGACAAAAAAAAUCGUAUCUGUCCGGCAUCUUCAAAUCCACUGUCAGCAGCGUCUUUAGUUGCCUACCGACUCCGAGCUGGAGUAGUUUGUUUCACAUGUCAGGCCCUCGGCCUGUGCCACGAGAGGGCGGAGUUAGCAUUUGAGAGAGUGGUGAAUGUGCUAAUCUGGGGGGGCCAAUCAGGAGGAGGCAGGCAAACAUAACGAACAAACAACUGUUCAUGAUUCCACUUGUUCACAAAGAGGCCCGUUUAGAACUCAGAAGAAUAUAAGCGUUCUGAGCUUUGAUCAACGCUGGGAACGCAAUAAAUAUUGUGUAAAUGCUAAUAGAGACUACUGAAGUCUGUGUGACUGAUUGAGUGUUUGUGUCUAUCAGAAUCCACGUUGAAAACCACUGCUGUAGAGACUACUGAAGUCUGUGUGACUGAUUUGAGUGUUUCUUCUCCAUCAGAGUCCAGGUGCGUGACAGGGAGAUCAAAGUGAAUAUCUUUGACAUGGCAGGACACCCCUUCUUCUACGAGGUCAGUGAGUACCUUUCUGCCUCAUUGAUUAGAUUUAUCUGACCUUUUAUUUUAUCAGGUUAGAUUAAAAAUAUAUUUUUCAAGAGAGACCUGGCCAAAGUAGUGGCACAAUAAAGUUUCAUUCAAAGACACAUUUUUAAAACCUAAAUCAUAUUGUAAAUCAUGCUUUGGGUCAUGUUCUAACAUACUGGAACAUAGUUUUACACGUCUGACCAGAAAAACAUCUUUACCCUCAUGUCCAGACACGCUGUCUGUGUGUUUACCGUGGAUUUGCUGCUGUUUCUAUACUGAAUGAAAACAUGAGAUGCACUUCACUACUGUGUUUGACUCAAUGAUGAUUUGUGUAACAACAGCACCCCUUACUGGUGUAAUAAUGAAUUGCUCCACAGGAACAGCAGGGGUGUAUUCAUUAUGGAAACCGGUUACCGUUUAAGAACCAAACGGUAGCAAACAGAAUAAAAACCGGGAAGGACCUACCUGCAUUUGUCCGAUAGAAAAGGGAGCGGCAGGUAGCCUAGUGGUUAAGAACGUUGGCCCAGUAACCGAAAGGUCACUGGUUCGAACCCCCAAGCCGACUAGAUGAAAAAUCUGUCUGUGCCCUUGAGCUAGGCACUUAACCCUAAUUGUUGCUGUAAGUCGCUCUGGAUAAGAGCAUCUGCUAAAUGACUCAAAUGUAGAUACUCCUGUUUGGAGAAACUCACGGUUUCUGUUGCAAAACGUUUGCCACGGAUUGAACAUUUUGCAACAGAAUCCGCACUUAACCCUCAUUACGAGGAUUCUGUUGCAAAAUGUAUUUACAAUGGUGUUUAUGCUCCAAUGGUUGCCCUUUUAACAGGCAACAGGUCACAAAUGUUGCUUCUCUCUCUCUCCUCUCUCUCCUCCUACUCGCUCUCUCUCUUCUAUCCUCUCUAUCUCUACUCUCCUCUACUCCUCUCGAUCUUCGUUCUCCUCUCUCUCUAUCUCUCUUCUCUCUCUCUACUCUCUCUCUCUCUCUCUUCUAUCUAUUCUCUCUCUAUCCUCUCUCUCUUCAUCUCUUCUCUCUACUUCUCUCUCUCUGUAGGUUCGUAACUGCGUUUCUAUAAGGACAGCCAGGGAGUGGUGUUGGUGUAUGAUGUUGGUCUGAGGGAGAGUUUUGAUGCGCUGGACAGCUGGCUGGGGGAGAUGAAACAGGAGAUGGGCUCCAUGGUUAACAUGGAGAGCAUUGUCUUCGUCGUCUGUGCCAACAAGGUGUGUGUGUGUUUUUCAAGUUUUAAUGUCACAUGCACAAGGACAGUGAAAUGCCUUCCUUGCUAACUCAAAACCCACAAGGUUCACUGGACUCAACACCUUGUGUGUAGUCAUCGUCUGGCGCCGACAAAGAUGGCGGCCUCGCGACUAGCUCUUAGGAAACUUUGCGAUAUUUUGUUUUUUUUAUGUAUUAUUUUUUUACAUGAUUAGCUCUUAGAUUUGUGUGUAUUGGGUAUAUGUUGUGAAAUUGUUAGAUAUUACUUGUUAGAUAUUACUGCACUGUCGGCGCUGGAAGCAUUUUGCUACAGCCGCAAUAACAUCUGCUAAACACGUGUAUGUGACAAAUAACAUUUUAUUUGAUGUGCGUGUGCGUGCGUGUGUGUUCGUGCGUGUGUGUGUGUGUGCGUGCGUGUGUGCGUGUGCGUGCGUGUGUGUGUGCCCGCCUGUCAGGUGGACCUGACUAAGCGUCGUGUAGUAGACGAGGGAGUGGGCAGGCUAUGGGCGGAGUCUAGAGGGUUCCAUUACUUUGAGACAUCAGCACAGAGCGGAGAGGGCAUCAGUGAGAUGUUCCAGGUAUGUACACACAUACGCAGCUGGUACCUCAUAGAUAGAUAGAUAGACGGACGGACGGACGGACGGACUGACUGACUGACUGACUGACUGACUGACUGACUGACUGACUGACUGACUGACUGACUGACUGACUGACUGACUGACUGACGACUGACUGACUGACUGACUGACUGACUGACUGACUGACUGACUGACUGACUGACUGACAAAAGUUUUAGAACACCUACUCAUUAUGGGGUUUUUCUUUAUUUUUACUAUUUUCUACAUUGUAUAAUAAUAGUGAACACAUCAAAACUAUGAAAUAACACAUAUGGAAUCAUGUAGUAACCAAAAAAGUGUUAAACAAAUUUGAGAUUCAUCAAAUAGCCACCCUUUGCCUUGAUGACAGCUUUGCACACUCUUGGCAUUCUCUCAACCAGCUUCACCUGGAAUGCUUUUCCAACCGUUUUGAAGUAGUUCCCACAUAUGCUGAGCACUUGUUGGCUGCUUUUCCUUCACUCUGCGGUCCGACUCACCCCAAACCAUCUCAAUUUGGUUGAGGUCAGGGGAUUGUGGAGGCCAGGUCAUCUGAUGCAGCACCAUCAAUCUCCUUCUUGGUAAAAUAGCCCUUACACAGCCUGGAGGUGUGUUGGGUCAUUGUCCAGCAGGGUUGCCCAACCCUAAUCUAGCACACCUGAUUCUAAUAAUUAGCUGGUUGAUAAGAUGAAUCAGGUUAGUAACACCUGGGGUUGGAGUGAAAACCUACAGGAAGGUAGCUCUCCAGGAACAGGGUUGGGCAACCCUGGUGUAGGUAGAUAGAUAGAUCAGGGUUCUUCAAUUCCGGUCCUGGAGGGCCGAAACACUUCUGUUUUUAAUUUCUACCUGGUAGUUAAUUGCACUCACCUGGUGUCCCAGGUCUGAAUUAGCCCCUGAUUAGAAGGAGAGGAUGAAAAACAGAGGUGUCUCGGCCCUCCAGGACCGGAAUUGAAGAACCCUGAGAUAGAUAGAUAGAUAUAUAGAUGGAUGGAUGGAUGGAUGGAUGGAUGGAUGGAUUGAUGGAUUGAUUGAUUGUAGUGAUCUUUGUGUGUGUUCUCCAGGCGUUUUUCUCCUCCAUAACGGACAUGUGUGAGAACGGCGGGAAGCGCCCGGUGGCGGAGGUCAGUGUCGGCUUCACCAAGGAGCAGGCCGACACCAUCCGACGCAUACGCAACAGCAAGGACUCCUGGGAUAUGCUGGGGGUAAAACCUGGAGCCACACGGUAAGACCAGGGGUCAGGAGUCAAACAUGGAGCCUCAGGCCCAGUCCAGAAACAACCCCUAACCCCUAGACCAGGGGUGUCAAACUCAUUCCAUGGAGGGCCGAGUCUCCGCUGGUUUUGGUUAUUUCCUUUUAAUUUGUGGCCAAUUAAGACCUAGACAACCAGGUGAGGGGAGUUCCUAACUAGUCAAUUAAGACCUAGAUAACCAGGUGAGGGGAGUUCCUAACUAGUCAAUUAAGACCUAGAUAACCAGGUGAGGGGAGUUCCUAACUAAUUAAUUACCUUAAUUGAUCAGUCAAGUACAAGUGAGGAGUGAAUACCUGCAGACACUCGGCCCUCCAUGGAAUGAGUUGGACCCCUGUUCCCUAGAGACUGUUAAUAGCGCCACAUUAACCUCUGAUUAACUGGGUUGUGUUACCUCAAUGACCUGUCCAGUCACUCAGAAUGACACAAUGACCUGUCCAGUCACUCAGAAUGACACAAUGACCUGUCCAGUCACUCAGAAUGACACAAUGACCUGUCCAGUCACUCAGAAUGACCACAAUGACCUGUCCAGUCACUCCAGAAUGACACAAUGACCUGUCCAGUCACUCAGAAUGACACAAUGACCUGUCCAGUCACUCAGAAUGACACAAUGAUCUGUCCAGUCACUCAGAAUGACACAAUGACCUGUCCGUUCACUCAGAAUGACCACAAGUGACCUGUCCGUUCACUCAGAAUUGACACAAUGACCUGUCCGGUCACUCAGAAUGACACAAUGACCUGUCCAGUCACUCAGAAUGACACAAUGACCUGUCCAGUCACUCAGAAUGACACAAUGACCUGUCCAGUCACUCAGAAUGACACAAUGACCUGUCCAGUCACUCAGAAUGCACAACAAACCUGGUUCACUCAGAAUGACACAAUGACCUGUCCGUUCACUCAGAAUGACACAAUGACCUGUCCAGUCACUCAGAAUGACACAAUGACCUGUCCAGUCACUCAGAAUGACACAAUGACCUGUCCAGUCACUCAGAAUGACACAAUGAUCUGUCCAGUCACUCAGAAUGACACAAUGACCUGUCCGUUCACUCAGAAUGACACAAUGACCUGUCCGUUCACUCAGAAUGACACAAUGACCUGUCCGUUCACUCAGAAUGACACAAUGACCUGUCCAGUCACUCAGAAUGACACAAUGACCUGUCCAGUCACUCAGAAUGACACAAUGACCUGUCCGUUCACUCAGAAUGACACAAUGACCUGUCCGUUCACUCAGAAUGACACAAUGACCUGUCCAGUCACUCAGAAUGACACAAUGAACGUCCAGUCACUCAGAAUGACACAAUGACCGGUGUCCAGUCACUCAGAAUGACACAAUGAACUGUCCAGUCACUCAGAAUGACACAAUGACCUGUCCAAUCACUCGAAGGACACAAUGACCUGGCCAGUCACUCAGAAUGACACAAGAACGGGCCCAAAGACUCAGAAGACACAAUGACCUGUCCAGUAUCAGAAUGAACAAUGACCUGUCCAGUCACUCAGAAGACACAAUGAACUGUCCAAUCACUCGAAUGACACAAGACCGUCAAUCAUCUUAGAUAAGGUCUAGGGCCCAAGGUUUUUAUACAAAGGGCCCCAGUCGGUGAAGCAAGGGUUUUUGAAAUCGGAGGAGGAAAAAAUAUUCUUUUUAACCCCUUCCGUCAUUUUCGCCAAUUAGACCUGUUAAAUGGGGGUUACCAUUUAGUCCCAAAUUUUGAACAGCCCCCCUCGACGCAUCCCAUCCCCACCAUUGAUUUGCAUCCUCCGAUUCUCCUCCCCAUUGAUCGAAAUCCCUCCGAUUAUCCUCCCGAUCUGAUUGCACCCCUCUCGAUUACCCCCCCGAUCUGACUCACUCCCUCUGAUUUCCUACCCCGAUUGAUCUGCACUCCCUUCGAUUCAUCCACCCGAUUUAUCUGCACUCCCUCUCGAUUCAUCCUACCCGAUCUGAUCUGCACUCCCUCUCGAUUCAUCCUACCCGAUCUGAUCUGCACUCCCUCUCGAUUCAUCCUACCCGAUCUGAUCUGCACUCCCUCUCGAUUCAUCCUACCCAUCUGAUCUGCACUCCCUCUCGAUUCAUCCUACCCGAUCUGAUCUGCACUCCCUCUCGAUUCAUCCUACCCCAUCUGAUCUGCACUCCCUCUCGAUUCAUCCUACCCGAUCUGAUCUGCACUCCCUCUCGAUUCAUCCUACCCGAUCUGAUCUGCACUCCCUGUCAAUUAAAUGAAAUGUGUUUAUUGACAUGACAGGUUCAUAUUGGCAAAAGAAGGGGUAACACUUUAUUUGGAUAGUCUGUAGAGCAUCUACAGUAUCAGUAACAUUUAACCUACUAACUAACCCUAACCUUAACCCUUAUCCUAACCCUAACCUUAACUCUUACCCUAGCCCUAUCCCUUAUUCUAAACCUAACCAUAACUGUAACCGUAGCAAGCAGUUGCUUAUCAACAGAUAGUAUGACCAUCUGUAGAUCAUCUAUAUAGGACUAUCUGGACUACCCAAACCAAGUGGGACCAAAGGGAGUAACAGCAGAACUAGAAUGAGAUUAUAUUUCUAUGGGACUAUCUCUCUCUCUCUACCUCUCUCUUUCUUUCUCUCUCUCUUUCUCUCUUGCUCUCUCUCUCGCUCAAAAAAACAGACUUCUCUCAGUAAUUUCUAUCUUCCCUGAUAUACGAGGCAGCUAGGUGUGUCUGUGGAGGGGAUUGGGGGCUUGGAUUUAGCGAGAGGAUUAGGAGACAGUGGAGAAUCUCAUUACUCCGUCGACCUGACAAUCAACUCUUCCACACACACACACACACAUGGCAGCUUCAACAGCGCCUUCCUCUUGGUCUAACUUUGGUUCCAAACGUUGUUUGUGUUUCCAGGGAGGAGGUUAACAAGGCGUACAGGAAGUUGGCAGUGCUGCUCCAUCCGGAUAAGUGCGUUGCCCCGGGCAGUGAGGAUGCCUUCAAGGCCGUGGUGAACGCUCGCACCUCCCUGCUCAAGAACAUCAAGUAGACGCUCCGCCAAUCAACGCCAGCUAGGGACUCCGGUCAAUGCUCUACCCUCCACCCUGACCCUUAACCCCUGAC